AGAUGUGAUUUUGAAAUUGGAAUCAAAAUUUUCGCCGAUACCAUGCCAUCCAUAGCCGUGCGUAUUCAGCCGCCCAAACUUGUGAUUUGAAAAUAAUUCACCGUUUUCCUCUCCCUCCCACCUACGGCGCUCCUCUGCAAAGCACUUUCUUCCCUUCUUCUUGCGCCUUCAAAUCCCCUUCAGAUUCACACGGACGAACCCAUCUCCAUAUGCUCCCAAGAAACAACCUUCAGCUCUGACGAGGUCAGAUCAAAUCUCUCCAUUUCUUCACAAAUUGAGAUUUUCAAGAAUGCCCGAAUCAAGGGACAGACUCGUGCGACCGGUAGACCUAGCAGCCGAAUUUAUUGCCCGUAGGCGUUCGGGUGCACUCGGUACCCUUAGAGAUGAACGGGACAGGAGCUCCCCUCCCUUGGAGUCCCCGAUCCAGCAGAGGACCCCGGGAUUCGUGCUGGGACGAGGUACUGCUCGGGCUGGGGGAUGGCUCGCAACUCCAAGAACGCCCAGUGCUCGCGGCCGAACCCUCCAUGGGUCCCCAUUCACCAGGGCAGAGAACACACCGACGACGUCCCGCAGUGCGAUGGGAGGGCUGGGAAGGGGACGUUCCACGAGCAGCAUAUUACCAUCUUGGUACCCAAGAACCCCCUUGCGCGAUAUCACUUACAUCACGAGGGCAAUGGAAAGGAGAAGAGCUCGCCUAGCAGAUGCUCAAGCCCAUGAAACUGAUAGCCCGCCACUGCGGGGGCCAAGAACUCUCAAUCCUACUCUGCAGCUAUUGCAUGCUCCCCUUGAGCACGAGCAUUCUCUGGUUACUCCCAGCCAAUCCGUAGGGAAGAAGCGGUGCCCUCCUUCUGUUGGUAACAUGUCGAAGAUCCUGCUUAAGAUCACCAAUAAGUCUGUUGCAAGUGACGACUCUGAGUUCCUUACUCCACAGAAGAAGCUACUGAACCAAAUUGAAACUGUGGAGAAGGAGGUUAUGGAUGAGCUGAAGAAACUUAAGAGGACACCGAGCGCUAGGAAGGCAGAGCGAGAAAGGAAAGUCCGAACUUUGCUCUCAAUGCGCUAACGAAAAUCCUCACACAAGAGCCAGUGCCUGCACCCUCAGCUAUUGGGAAGUUGAUCAGUCUCUAGCUGCUCCGAGAUAUCUGCUAUAUCUUCUUUUGUUCUUUGAUGAUUGCUGCUUGCCUUCUAACGACUAGCUGAAGGUCUCAGUGGAGAUCGAGUAAGCACUUCUUUUGGCCCAUUAAUACAAACUUGCUGAAGGUCUUUGGCAUAGGAUCUGUAGGCACAUUGGGCGAUAUCACAUUCUUCUCUUUCUGUACAUGCAACGAUGUAGAAGUAGAUGCACAAUGAGUCAUUUGUUCGGGUCGGGGAACUCUGUAACACAAUAAGAGCUACAUUUCUCGUGUCUUUGCCUGUGUUACUUUGGAAGUUCAAAACAAGAAGCACCUCUUCAAUCAUUCUGUCGACUAUGAUUUGCUUAA